AGGUAAUUAAGUUGCCAUAAAGAGAAAACCUAGUUAUGCUUGGAAGGAAGACCAGUGAGAGGGGCUUGGACCAGUGAGAGGGGCUUGGUGUGAAAAGAUACUAGCAAAUAGAUAUUCUUGGAAGGGAGAUUUAGAGUUGAGGGCAAGGUCCGGGUGUGGAGAAUGGGGUUACUUUAAUGUGAAGAGUAGUUAAACUGAAAGGGGGUGGAUACCCUCGGAAUGGGCUGAGAGGAGUCUCUGUGCAAAGGGUUAUGUAAAAAAGUGUCUGAGUGUCCCUAGGAUAGGUUAGGUAGAGGUAAUGUUUUGAAAAGUAGAGGGAAUUAAGUCAAGAUGAAGAGUGGGAAUUGGGUAUGGGUGUCCUGAGUGGGGGAAUGGGCUUGGUAUCUCUGGAAUGAGAAUGGGAUGUUGGGUUGACAAGAAGUCGGGGGGUGUGGGUAUCCCCACGGCAGUAAGCUGGUGAGGGGGUUCUGGCUGUUAAGGAAGAGGGGUCUGGCUAUCCUAGAGGAUAGGGUCUGAGUAUUCCUAGAGGGGAUUUGGGCAGUAGGAAAAGUAUGUGUAAAAGUUUAAGCCCUCGUGCAGGGUAGUCUGGGUUAGAGUAUGUGCUGGGAUCUUUUUGCAAAGCAGAGAAACUAAGCUGUUAACAUAGACGGGGUCUGAGCAUCGCUGGAGUGGGUUGGGGUGGUGGUUCAUCCUUUUUGCAAAGAAGAGGGGCUUAGGUUGAUAUCAAGAGGGGAUCUGGGCAUCCCUAGACUGGGCUAGGGAGGGAGGGUGGGGCAUUUUUUGCAAGUAAGAAAAUAUUAGGUUAAUAAUAUGAAAGGGGGUCUGGGUGUCCCUCGCUUGGGCUUGUAAGGAAGGGUUUAAGCUGAUGUGAAGAUGGUAUCUGAGCAUCACUGAAAUGGGUUAGGGUGGGUCAUUUUGUAAAGAAGAGGCGCUGAAGUUGACAUGAACAAGGGAGUGGGUAUUCCUAUGGGGCGGUUGUCAAUGUGAAGAGGAGAUGUGGGUACCCCAGAAGGGAUUAGGAUUGUAGGUGAGAUUGCAAUAUAAAGAAGGCGUAAUUACUAUAAAGAGUGUCUUGAGUUAGGGUGGCGGGUAGAAUCUAGGUGUAAAGAAAGGGUUAGGUUUUUGUGAAAUGGGGCUGGGUAUUCUGGAUAGAGGGUUGGGUUGUGGGAGAGAGCUUUGAUAUAGAGGGAGGUUUUAAGUAAUUUGAAGGCAGGGAUCUGGGUAUCACGGGGAGUGGGUAAAGACGGAAAAGUGUAAAAUGUGAUGGGUUAGACCAAAUGAGACAGGUCGAUUGAGGGAAGGGAGAGUUUGACGCGAGGAAUGUGGGCACCAGAGAGAGAGACCGUGUAUACUAGGCAUUGUGUGUAAAGGAGAGGGGCUGUACCAUGUGAAGGCACUGAAAAUGGUGGGCCGCUGGGACAGUCUUGGGUGUAAAUAGAAGUCAGAAACCUCGGGGGCUGGGGGGACAGAAGAGGAGAGAGGCUGGGAGAAGGUGGCAGCGGUCAGGGCCUGUGAAGACGCUCCCGGGCACCUGGGAGCGGGACUGGGGUAGCGAGUUGGUAAGAAGAGGAAGUCAGUGGAAGGAGGUUUGAGUGGAGAGGACACAGGCUCCUGUGUGAUGCACGUGGCUGUGGGCCAGCUGUGAGGCACAGGAGGUGAGGGGUCCGACAGGUGACCAGGAUCUGGCGGGUGGAGUUUGAUGCGAUUCAGAGGUGAGCCAGCCCAGGGCCUCACUGCCGCCAUGACGGAGGAGUCGGAGGAGACCGUCCUGUACAUUGAGCACCGCUAUGUCUGCUCCGAGUGCAACCAGCUGUAUGGAUCCCUGGAGGAGGUGCUCAUGCACCAGAACUCCCAUGUGCCCCAGCAGCAUUUUGAGCUGGUGGGCGUGGCUGACCCCGGCGUCACCGUCGCCGCAGAGGCGGCUUCGGGCACCGGCCUCUAUCAGACCCUGGUGCAGGAGAGCCAGUACCAGUGCCUGGAGUGCGGGCAGCUGCUGAUGUCUCCCAGCCAGCUCCUGGAGCACCAGGAGCUGCACCUGAAGAUGCUGGCUCCCCAGGACGCAGUGCCAGCCGAGCCGCCCGCCAAGGCGCCCGCCCUGAGCUCUAGCACCAUCCACUAUGAGUGUGUGGAUUGCAAGGCCCUCUUCGCCAGCCAGGAGCUCUGGCUGAACCACCGGCAGACGCACCUCCGGGGCACUCCCGCCAAGCCUCCAGCCCCUGUUGUCCUGGGGUCCCCGGUUGUCCUGGGGCCCCCUGUGGGCCAGGCCCGUGUGGCUGUGGAACACUCAUACCGCAAGGCAGAAGAGGGUGGGGAGGGGGCCGCCGUCCCUUCCGCGGCGGCCACCACUGCGGAAGUGGUGACUGAGGUGGAGCUGCUCCUCUAUAAGUGCUCCGAGUGCUCCCAGCUCUUCCAGCUUCCGGCCGACUUCCUAGAACACCAGGCCACCCACUUCACUGCUCCCACCCCAGAGGCCGAGGAGCCUGCCGUGCAGCAGGACACCCUGACCCCGUCCCCUGCGGAGGUCCCCGCGUCUCAGCCUGACCCCCUGCCAUCCUCUGACCACAGUUACGAGCUGCGCAACGGUGAAGCCGUUGGGCGCGAUCGCCGGGGGCGCAAGGCCCGGAGGAACAACAGCGGCGAGCUGGGUGGGACGGCCACCCAGGAGCUCUUCUGCUCCGCCUGUGACCAGCUCUUUCUAUCCCCUCACCAGCUCCAGCAGCACCUGCGGAGUCACCGGGAGGGUGUCUUUAAGUGUCCUCUGUGCAGCCGUGUGUUCCCCAGCCCUUCCAGCCUGGACCAGCACCUUGGAGACCACAGCAGCGAGUCUCACUUCCUAUGUGUGGACUGCGGCCUGGCCUUUGGCACAGAGGCCCUGCUCCUGGCCCACCGACGAGCCCACACCCCGAAUCCUCUGCACUCGUGUCCGUGUGGAAAGACCUUCGUCAACCUCACCAAGUUCCUGUAUCAUCGGCGUACGCACGGGGCGGGGGGCGUCCCUCUGCCCACGACCCCAGUCCCGCCAGAGGAGCCCGUCAUCGGGUUCCCCGAGCCGGCCGCCGCAGAGACUGGAGAGUCAGAGGCCCCGGAGCCCCCUGUGACCGAAGAGAGCCCGGGGGGACCCGCCGCCCCAGGCACCUACCGCUGCCUCCUGUGUAGCCGUGAGUUUGGAAAGGCGUUGCAGCUGACCCGCCACCAGCGUUUCGUGCACAGGCUGGAGCGGCGCCACAAGUGUGGCAUCUGUGGCAAGAUGUUCAAGAAGAAGUCUCAUGUGCGUAACCACUUGCGCACGCACACGGGCGAGCGGCCCUUCCCCUGCCCAGACUGCUCCAAGCCCUUCAACUCGCCCGCCAACCUGGCGCGCCACCGGCUCACGCACACGGGGGAGCGGCCCUACCGGUGCGGGGACUGUGGCAAGGCCUUCACGCAGAGCUCCACGCUGAGGCAGCAUCGCCUGGUGCACGCCCAGCACUUCCCCUACCGCUGCCAGGAGUGCGGGGUGCGCUUCCACCGCACCUACCGCCUGCUCAUGCACCGCUACCACCACACGGGCGAGUACCCCUACAAGUGCCGCGAGUGCCCGCGCUCCUUCCUGCUGCGCCGGCUGCUGGAGGUGCACCAGCUCGUGGCCCACGCCGGGCGCCAGCCCCACCGCUGCCCGUCCUGCGGGGCCGCCUUCCCUUCCUCGCUGCGCCUCCGCGAGCACCGCUGUGCCGCUGCCGCCGCCCAGGCCCCGCGGCGCUUCGAGUGUGGCACCUGCGGCAAGAAGGUGGGCUCGGCCGCCCGGCUGCAGGCACACGAGGCGGCGCACGCGGCGGCCGGGCCAGGAGAGGUCCUGGCAAAGGAGCCCCCGGCCCCUCGGGCGCCGCGGGCCGCCCGCACGCCUGUGGCUGCCCCGACCCCCUUGGGGGGUGCGGCCCCCGCGGUCCCCGCGGCUCCCGCGGCCCCGGCCCGACGCCGGGGCCUGGAGUGUAGUGAGUGUAAGAAGCUGUUUAGCACAGAGACGUCGUUGCAGGUACACCGGCGCAUCCACACGGGCGAGCGGCCGUACCCGUGCCCGGACUGCGGCAAGGCCUUCCGCCAGAGCACCCACCUGAAGGACCACCGACGCCUGCACACGGGCGAGCGGCCCUUUGCCUGCGAGGUGUGCGGCAAGGCCUUCGCCAUCUCCAUGCGCUUGGCGGAGCAUCGCCGCAUUCACACGGGGGAGCGGCCCUACUCGUGCCCAGACUGUGGCAAGAGCUACCGCUCCUUUUCCAACCUGUGGAAACACCGCAAGACCCACCAGCAGCAGCACCAGGCCGCCGUGCGCCAGCAGCUGGCCGAGGCCGAGGCCGCCGUGGGGCUGGCCGUGAUGGAGACGGCGGCAGAGGCGCUGCCCCUGGUGGAGGCCAUUGAGAUCUACCCUCUGGCCGAGGCCGAGGGGGUCCAGAUCAGCGGCUGACCCGUCCCCUUCCCCUCGUCAGCACCGCCAUGCCCCGUUGCCGAGGAGCCUCCAGCACCCCCUCAGAUCUCUAGAUACUGUGCUCCUCCCUCCGUCUCCCAAACGCCGUGCAAGUUCUGUAACUGGAUUUGUUCUCUCUCGUGAGGGGGUUGAUCUGGGGUCCUUGAUACACGUAAAGGUGCCCUCCUAGCCCCCCGCCCACCUUUUAGCACUGGUGGCCCCAAGAUGAAACAGUCAAUAAAGACUGAGUUGGACCUUGA